AGCUGCUCGAGAGGCUCUAACAUCCGUCACAAUGGCACGCCCCUCCAUCACCGGCUUCGACCCCAAGAAGCUCGCCGCAGCAUCCGCCAACGGCACCAAGGGCGACCCAUGGGCACGAUACGAGCAAUGGCGAUACACUGGCCCCUUCACCCGCUUCCAACGCUUCAAGGGCUCAUUCCCCGGCCUCGGCAUCGCGACUGUCGCAUUCGGCGUCUACCUCGCAGCUGAGCAGGCAGGACUUUUGGGGAGCGAGGGCGGUCAUCACGGCGACGGUGGUCAUCACGAUGAGACUACAUAGAGUUGCAUUGGGAAAGUAAAGGAAGAGCUGGGCAUGUGAAUUAAGGCGUAUCGGUUGAUUCCCUUUCCAACGCUGUGGGAACUGUAUAUAAGGAAUACCACACAGUACGAACAUUGCG